AUGAAUCAAGACCCACCACUGCUGUCUCCGGCGCCGAUCACUUCCAAGACCUCCGACAUGAAUCCUCUCUCCGCCAUCUUCUCCCUAUUACUACUCUUAUUACUGCCCCUCCUGAUUUACACCGUCUGCCUUGUCAUAAAGUGCCGUGGGAGCCCUUUCCGGCAGAUCGGACGGAGCCCGGCGGGUGAACCGCCUGGAGAAUUGAAAGUGAAGAAACAGCCGCUGGUGGAGUUCUUCUCGACCUUAAAGUACGUGAAAGAAGAGGCAGAGAACGAGAGUGGCGUGACCGGCGAAUGUCCGGUGUGCUUAUCAGUGUUUGUUGCUGGAGAAGAAAUUAGAGAGCUAAAUGCAUGCAAGCAUAUGUUUCAUGUCAAAUGUAUCGAUGUCUGGCUCGGUUCUCACUCCACCUGUCCGGUUUGCCGGACUUUCGUGCCGUUUAGGCGUUCCAAGCUGCCUGUAAUUGACGCCGAUUGUAAUCUCCGACAAGAUCCUUCUGGUUUAGUUUGA